AUGUCUUCGUCGUCUCAAGCCGUGCCCAACGCAGUGUCCGUCAACCAGCUAGGUCUCUCGGGAGACGAGAUCGUCGCCCUACAGCACGCACAGAGAGAGGCAGCCAUCGCCGCAGGCGGAGGUUCGAGCUCAUCGCGCGCUGCGAGCCGAGCCUCCUCGCAGGGCCUCCUGCUUCUCGACUCCGGGUCGCUCGCACAGCUGGGCCGGCAUUUCGAGAGGCUGAUGCAACAGAUCUCCCAGCAGCUCGACCACCUGACGGAGCAGUCGCAGCAGGUCACCAUGGCCGUGUACGACCAGGCUGGGAACUUGAUCGACAACGCCGACGCCGAGAUUCUCAGGUUUCACACCAUCAUGGGCCAGAUCGACGAGCUCGAGACCGAGUUCGACCGCAUACGCCAUAUAAGGGAUAUUGUGAGGGGGUUCCGCCACAGGGUUCAGGAGAUGGAGCGCGCCUUGGACGCAUCGCAGUCG